GGUUUGCACCUUUGUUAGCUGUUGGCUGCUGUCCUUCUUUCUGUUGUUCUGGUGAGAAAAUAAACGUUUUUAACUGAAGGACGUUAAUUCACAAUGCUGAAAUGGAUUAAACAAAAUAGACAGAAUACAUUUAAAUAAACCACGACAUUUAAUGCCCCGGUAAAACAAGCUAGAUAACUAAAUAAAGUCCCGGGUCCGUGCAGAGCUACGUUAGAGCCAUGACUCUGGCCGGGGGGCGGGAGCCCAGGAACACCGCGGGGAACCGCAUGUCCAAGUUACUGGACGCUGAAGAAGAGGACGAGUUCUACAAAACCACCUACGGAGGGUUUAACGAUGAAUCUGGAGAUGAUGAAUAUCACGGAGAACAUUCAGACACCGAGGAUGAAGUGGACAGUGACUUUGACAUCGACGAGGGUGAUGAGCCGGACAGUGACCACGAGGAUGAUGCUCCUAAAAGGAAAAGUCGCGUCGUCACUAAAGCUUAUAAGGAACCCAUUAAGGUAGCUAAACCCAAACCAAAAAAGCCCAACGAGGAGCAGAAAAAGACGGAGAAAAUCAAAGUGGAAGUCAAGAGAAGGAUUCCACAAGAAUUCCAAGAUUUUGCUCGGAAGUCUGUGCGUCAGUCCACCAGUGAACACACCAGGAAGACCAACCUCCGCCUGCAGGAGCGGCAGGACGCCCCUCGGAGACGGAGAGGAGCUCACCGGGACAGACCUCUGACCCAGGAAGAGCUGCUGGCAGAGGCCAAGAUAACAGCGGAAGUCAACAUUCGAUCUCUGGAAAACUACGAGCGUCUGGAAGCAGACAAGAAGAAACAGGUCCAUAAGAAGCGGCGUUUCGAGGGCCCCACCAUCCGGUACCAUUCUGUCCUCAUGCCCAUCGUCUCACAUUCAGUCCUCAAGGAAGAAAACGUUGACGUUGAGGGGCUGGAUCAGGACGUUCCCCAGGCUGCACCACAGAAUCCCAGCACGGCGUCGCAGCAGCAGCCCAGCGGAGGCUUGUGCUCGCGGACUUACAUAACUUUCAGUGAAGACGAGGCGUUUGAGUCGGCCUUUUCUCCCUCGGCCAAGUCCAGCCCCACGCUGCCCGUGCAGGAGGUUUGUCCGGUCACCCACAAGGCCGCGCUCUACCGAGACCCGGUCACGGACAUACCGUACGCCAAUGCACGAGCCUUCCGCAUCAUCCGAGAGGCGUACCGUAAAUAUGUGUCCGCUCACGGAUUUCCCAACACCUCCGGAGCCGCGGCGGGGGGCGAGGCCGCCGCGGUAAAGGGGGCCCGGCAGAAGAUGGUGGUCCGGCAGAGCGCCGCCGCCACAUAGAUCACAUUCAUGCUGCUCCAUCACAGCCUCCUUUACUCUCAUGUUUUAUACAAGCUGAUGUACAACUCUUGUUUGGAACUGUUUGUAUUCACUGCAAAAACUCAAAAUCUUACCAGGAAUAUUUGUCUUAUUUCUAGUUAAAAUGUCUCAUUUUUAGUCAAAAAAAUCUCAUUACACUUAAAACAAGACUCAUCAACAGAUAAAUAAUUUGUUAUUUGACAAUUUUCACCUGUUUCAAGUAAAUGUUCACUUGAAAUAAGUAGAAAAAUCUGCCAGUGGAACAAGAUUUAUCUUCUCAUUACAAGCAAAAAAAUCUUGUCCCACUGGCAGAUUUUUCUACUUAUUUCAAGUGAAAAUCUACUUGAAACAGGUGAAAAAUUGUUGUUUUUUCCAGUGAUGAGUCUUGUCUUAAGUGUAAUGAGAUUUUUUUUGACUAAAAAUUAGACAUUUUAACUAGAAAUAAGACAGAUAUAUUCUUGUUAAGAUUUUGAGUUUUUGCAGUGUUUUAUUUUUUUAUAACUUGUGUUGAUGUUUCCUGACAGACUUUUCAGUG